GAGGGUAAUCAGAGUAGUGGGCCCACUUUGAGGGUCGCAAUGGGAACAAUGGGGAUAUUGCUUUGCCUUUUUCUUGGACAUUUAGUUGCUGCUCAAUCAUUUAUAAAAAAGCAGGAUGCCCCAAAUUUCCAAAAUGUUCCAAAGUUUUUCAACAACAACGGGCCUCUUCUAUUUGAAAGAAAUUUUGAUUACACUCCAUUUGACUCCAUCUUCAGAUCUUGGGGAACUCGGAUCCCUGACUUUUACAUGCUCGCUGAAUCACCUCCCAUCGUGAUCGUUCCCAGAGUAGAGGUGUUUUGCGAUGAAUCUAAGCUAACUCUGCUGGUUGAUAAGAGAUCCAAUGAUGGCAUGCUAACUGGAGAGGAGCUACAGUUGGGUAAUGGCUGCAGUAGCAACAAAGAGCUACCAAACCAAUUUGUCUUCACUUACAGUUUGGAUGAGUGUGGAACUACACCUGUGAUAGAGAAUGGCUUGGUAAUGUUCACCAACUCUCUCCACUUGAAUCUCAACAAACCUCCCCCCACCUGGUGGCAAACUCCUUCCACAGUGCACAUAUCUUGCAUACCAAAAAGGUCCUAUUCAAGCAUACUUGCUCUAAAAGCAUUUCCUGAGAAUGGCCAGAUCUUUAAUAUUAAAGCCAUGAAUCCAUCCUGGACCAGCAGUGCCGAGUCUAAUAUCUACAAAAGAGGCCAGGUUGUCAAUCUCCAGAUUUCUGCCAAAACAAGGCCAGAGCAGCAGCUUUUCAUUCAGUCCUGUUUUGUCUCUGCAUCUCCUGAGCCUCAGACUAGACGCAAACAUGCACUCAUAAUGAAUAAAGGAUGUACAGCCCCGUUGGAUUCUUCUCAUGCCAUUGUACAAUUCGUGGCCUCCGACAGAGCGGAUGUGGUUAAUUUAGCUCUGAACACAUCUUAUCUCAGUUCUGAGCUGUACAUCCACUGUAGUGUCCUCAUGUCAAACCAGGAUGUGAACUUUGGCUAUAAAUCCUGCAACUAUAACCUGCUCCAGUCAAGAUGGGAGGACCUAAGUGGAAAUGUAGAGGUGUGCGAGUGCUGUAGCUCAAAGUGUAAAGGCCUGUCAGCCAGGCACCUUCCUGAGGAUACCAAGGCUACCGUCAGCACUGGCCCCUUUGUCAUUUUAGAUAAUCAUGUAGAGCCAAGUCCUGAGCCUUUUGAACCGCAAGAAACCUCCAGCGCUCCUGUAACAGAAGCCAUACGGUUUCAUGGUGCAACCAGUGAGGACACAAUUGUUUCUGGAACUUCUGUAUCAAGACCCCCUCAGGGUGUGGCGGUGGUUGUUAGUCAGGACUCAGGUGCCACACUGACCCUUCGGCUACCUGGAGUGCAAGAUCCUGAAUACAGCAAGAAUAUCCGUUCUGAGUCCGAAGACGAUUUGACACUUAAGUUGGAGGCAAGCGACACAGUAGCAAAUGAUCUUCCCGAGCUGCGCCUACUGGCAGAUAAGGAGCCUCUUCUGAAUACGCUCACAAAUGAGAAGGAAGGUCAGAGUGCAAAUGAGCUAAGAAGUGAAGGCCACAUGUGGGAUCUGAAUCUUCUUACACUGGUUGAUGGAUUGGCAAUGCCUUCACAAAUGGAAAAAGUAGCUUUUGCAGAGGAAUCUCAAAGAAAGCGUUUUGGAAGAUCUGGAAUGUUUAACACACCAUCUCCACAAGAGGUUGCAGUCCCUCUGACAGAUGACAUGGUUUAUGUAGAUGUCCUAAACCAGAAUGCUUAUAACCAAAUGAGACAUGGACAGCCAGAUACAGCUGUGAUGCCCAAAGAAGAAGCAAGUGGUGCCCAACCAAUAGUUCGCUCAAAACUUAAGUUUUCCAAAAGCACAGAUGGAUCACACUCCCUGAGUUUUGAAGAAGUGAUAAGACAGACAGAGGGAAACGGGAGCCUAGACAGAGAGGGCUGCGCUCAAUUUUCUUCAAUCUGUUGAGGAGGAUGGACAAAGCAGAAUAAUUGCGUCUUCAUAACUAUUCUGAAGUAGCCUACUUCAACUAAAUAAAUAUAUUUGAACA